AUGCUGGAGGCAGAAGGCGGCGGGGAGAGGCGAGAACCUGCGGCCAUGAAGUCCCCGCAAACCAAGAGUGCGGCCGGCAAAGGCUCCGGUGACUGUCUCCCUCGUCCUCUCCCGUCCCGGCCGGCCCCGGGCCCUGUCGCCCUGCGGGCGGAUGCCGGGGAGCUGGCGGAGGUGCUGGGCGAGUUCGAUGCCGUGAUAGAAGACUUCUCCUCGCCCGUCAGCAAGCGCCACUUCCAGUACGAGGAGCACCUGGCGCGGAUGAAACGGCGGAGCAGCGCCAGCGUCAGCGACAGCAGCGGCAUGAGCGACUCAGAGAGUGCAGAUUCACUCUACAGAAACAGUUUUAGCUUCAGUGAUGAAAAACUUAACUCUCCAACAAUGUCAAUUCCAACUCCAACUUUACCAUCUCCAGCAGUAACUCCUUGUAAAGCAAAGCUUGGAGACACAAAAGAACUAGAAGACUUUAUUGCUGAUCUUGACAGGACAUUAGCAAGUAUGUGAAGCAAAG